AUGGUAUCCGAACACGAACUCAACCCUCAAGAGGAAACAGAUUUCCGAGAUGUUCUUGAUGAGCCAGAGGACAUUCGCGAUCUUCGGAGUGAUGUCAACGUCAAUAUUGAUCUACUCGCCACACUAACCGGGCGACUUACUCGAGACAACACCUUCAAAUUAGUGCGGUAUCAAGAAGACAAGGAGCAACAAGCCAUCCUUGACUGGCUAACACCGACUGACUACACUCCUCAGCAGAACGACUUCCUCAAGCAGUGGCAAGCUGGAUCUGGGAAAUGGCUUCUAGACUCGGCGAAAUUCAAAAGCUGGUUAGGGAUCAAGAAACAGACACUUUUCUGCCCAGGUAUACCAGGAGCUGGGAAGACAAUACUCACAUCAAUUGUAGUAGACGAGCUUUCUUCACACUUCAAAGACGAAAGCAACAAUGGUAUUGCAUACAUCUACUGCAACUUCAAGCGGCAAGACGAGCAAACGUUGGAAGACCUACUCGCAAGCGUACUGAAGCAGCUAGCUCAAGCAAGAUCUUCUCUUCCACAAACUGUCAGGUCUCUCUAUGACAAACACAGAUCUAUGAAGGCCCGGCCUUCGAUAGAUGACAUAUCAGUGGCCCUUCAUUCCGUGGUUGCUGAGUUUUCGCGAGUUUUCAUCCUUGUCGAUGCGCUGGACGAAUGUCGAGUCAAUGACAGUUGCCGAGCGAAGCUACUUUCACAACUCUCACAACUCCAGACGAGCUGUGGAGCGAAUCUUUUCGCAACUUCAAGAUUCAUUCCGGACAUCACAAAGACAUUUGAACGAGACACAUGGUUGGAAAUCCGCGCCAGCAAGCACGACAUCCAGAGAUAUGUAGAAGGUCAUAUCGAUGAACUGCCGGGUUUUGUCCGACGUGAUCUGGAUCUACAGCAGGAAAUUAAUUUUACUAACUGUAAUAGGUUUCUACUUGCAAAACUUCAUCUCAAUUCCUUAAAAGGAAAAAGAUCCCGAACAGCUAUUCGAGAUGCUCUGAGGACUUUGCCCACCGGAACAGAAUCAUAUAGUUGUGCGUAUUCUGAUGCUAUGGCGAGAAUCGAGGGGCAGCUACCGGACGAAGCAAUGCUUGCGAAGGAAGCUCUGUCAUGGAUCACUUGCGCAAAGAGGCCACUGACCACCAUAGAGCUUCAGCAUGCUCUUGCUGUCGAAGACGGGCAAGAGGAAUUCGACGAAGACAACAAAUCAGACAUCGAGGAUAUUGUUUCGGUAUGUGCUGGACUAGUCACUGUUGAUGAGGAGAGUGGCAUUAUUCGCUUAGUGCAUUACACUACACAAGAAUACUUUGAACGGACACAAAAGGACUGGUUUCCAACCGCAGAAUUCGACAUCACGAUGAUCUGUGUAACCUAUCUCUCAUUCGCGGUCUUUGGAAGCGGAUCUUGCCACACAGACUCUAGCUUUGAGGAGCGGCUGCAACUGAACCCAUUAUACGACUAUGCUGCGCACUACUGGGGUUACCAUGCUCGUCAGGCCCGGAGUGCACAUCCGAAAGUCAUCGAAUUCUUCCAUCACGAAACUAAUAUGGAAGCUGCAUCCCAAGCAAUGCAAGUCCGUAAGAAGUUCUCAUGGGAUGAUCGCUAUAGUCAAUCUUUUACGAGGCGAAUGACAGGACUGCACAUAUGUGCAUAUUUUGGAAUUACAGACGUAGCUGCGGCAAUUAUUGAUUUUGCAGACCUCGAAUCGAGGGAUGAAUACGGCUGGACACCGCUAUUUUGGGCCGCCGAAAACGGGCACGAAGGCGUUGAGGCCGACUUAGAAGAUAGAUAUGGCAAUACGCCGCUAUGGUGGGCUGCCAGAAACGGGCACGAAGGUUCAGUUAAGCUAUUGCUAGAUACAGGCAAGGUUAAGAUCGAUUGGAAGGAUACAUACGUUCAGAGGAUGCUAUGGCGGACCGCCAGAAGCGGGCAAGAAGGCGUAGCUAAGCUACUGCUAGACGUUAGUAAGGCUGAGGUCAACUGGGAGAAUGACCGUCAGAUGCUGCUAUCGCUGGCCAUCAAAAGGGGGCGCGAAGGCGCAGUUAAGCUACUGCAGUCCGCUUGUGCUUCGUAG